ACAUCUGGUUCUUUAAGAGAAAACCCCGUUGCCCUAAAUCUCCAUCCAGCAGUAGGCCUAUCAUCUGAUCCCUCUACACACAGCAGACGUUUCUCCAAUCACUCACCUCCUGUUGCUUAUCCUACAUCUCAUAGUAGGAAUGAAACAUUCCCAUGUUCUGGUGAUUCUUUUACCCAGAGGGAGGACCUUCCUUCACACGAGCGAGGUCGCGAAAGGGAGAAGCCAUACUCCUGUUCAGAAUGUGGGAAGUGUUUCCCUCGGAAACAGGAACUCAUUGGACACCAGAGAACUCACACAGCUAUGAAGUCCUUUUCAUGUUCGGAAUGCGGGAGAUGUUUUACCCGGAGAGGCACUCUCAUUGAACACCAGAGAAUUCACACAGGGAUGAAGCCGUUUUCGUGUUUGGACUGCGGGAAAAGCUUUAGCCAGAAAUCAACUUUUUAUGCGCAUAGAAAGAUUCACACGGGGGAGAAGCCGUUCUCGUGCUUGGAAUGCGGAAGACGUUUCUCCAAGAAAUACCAUCUUACGUUACAUGAGAGGAGCCACACGGGAGAAAAGCCAUAUUCAUGUAUGGAGUGCGGGAGAGGGUUUGCCCAGAAAUCUCUACUGAUCGGGCAUGUAAGGAUUCACACCGGGGAGAAGCCACAUUCCUGCGCGCAGUGUGGGAAAAGGUUCACUCUGAGAUCAAACCUGGUGUCACAUGAAAAGAGAAAUCACACCCUGGAGGGACCCUUUCUUUGUUCAGUAUGUGGAAAAUGUUUUUCCAGGAAAGCAUAUUUUAUUGACCAUGAAAGAACUCACACUGGGGAGAGGCCCUAUUCUUGUUCUGUAUGUGGAAAAUGUUUCAAUCAGAAGUCAGCUCUUGCCACCCAUCAGCGGAUUCACACAGCCGAGAAGCCGUACCCCUGCACUGAGUGUGGUAGAUGUUUUACCCAGAAAGCCCAUCUUAUUAUACACCAGAGGACGCACAAAGAAAAUGUAAUCACCUCAUAUCUUCACCCAGUGCUUUCCAGUGCAGAUCUAUUAGCCGAUCCCUCUACCCAAGGGAAGGUGACACUUGUCUCUCACCAGAAAACUCAUGCAGCAGAAAAGCCGUAUUUGUGUUCUGUAUGUGGAGAAUGCGGGAAAUGCUUCUCGGUGAAUUCAGUUCUUACUAGACAUAAGAGAACGCACACGGGAGAGAAGCCGUACUCAUGUUCAGAAUGUGGGAAAUGUUUUUCUCGGAGGGCACACCUUAUCUCCCAUCAGAAAACCCACACUGGGGAAAGGCCGUAUUCCUGCUCAGAAUGUGGGAAAUCUUAUGCACUGAGAACGGAUCUUUCGAGACACCAGAGACUUCACACGGGGAAGAAGCCAUAUUCAUGUUUGGAAUGUGGGAAAUGUUUCAUUAAGAGUUCGAACCUUGUUAAUCACAUGAGGACUCACACGGGGGAGAAGCCAUAUACAUGUUCGGAGUGCGGGAAAUGUUUUAGUCAGCAGUGCAACCUGAAAUCACAUAAGAGAAUUCACACCGGGCAGAAGCCGUACGCAUGCUCAGAAUGCGAGAAAUGUUUCAGCAGGAGUUCAAGUCUUGUGAAGCACAUGAGAACUCACACGGGGGAGAAGCCGUACGCGUGUUCAGAGUGCGGGAAAUGUUUCAGUCAGCAGAGCAAUCUAAAAUUACAUAAGAAAAUUCACGCAGGGAAGAAGCCGUAUUCACGUUCGUAA